UCAUGCGUUCCUUCCUCCUUCACAGAUUCAGCCAUAAGUGCUGGAACUGGGGGUGCUCCCGCACCCCCUGGCUUGAAGUGGUUUCCAUCAUACACAGGGUUUACAGUUGGUUGAAGGCUGUCAGCAGCCCCGCUAAACACAUUGUUCCAGCGCCCCUGGAUUCCCCCGCGUGUUGUUUCCGUCACCGACACCGCGCUGUUACUGUUUGUCUGCGGCACGCAGCCUCUUGCUUCUCCCGUGGGAAUAUCACCAAUCAAUCAAUGUACCGGGUCCGCUCAAAAGAAAACGCUCCAUAGCCUCCGGCUAAACCCCUCAGCUCACAUGAGCGCGGCACAGACUCUAGGGCCCCCACACGGCGAGUGAAACUCAAGUGACAGAGGAAGGGAGACUCAGGACAUUUAAGAGACAGAGAGAACCCAGGAGGGUUGUACCAAUAAGGGGUUUACUUGCUUCAAAGACCUGCCUGAAGCUCUGCGUCCCCGCCGCCGUGGUUGCCCGGUGGCUCCCCUCCCACCUCUGCUAUGUUCCUUGGACCCCGGGCUUAGCCCGCUCUUCCCAUCCACUUGCUUUCCUCGCGGGCUUCCCGGGACAGCGAUCCCCGCCAGGGAAUCCGCGGCGAGGUGGUUCAUUACCCCUCCGCCAAUGGCAGCAGCCCCGCUCAGGUGGCUGGGGGGGGAGGGAGGGACGUGCACCUGGGCCUGCCCUACCCCAGGGCGGGCUAUUUAAAGCAGCCCCCGCAGGCCCAACUACCGGGACAGGCGCUAUGGCGGACGAGGCUAUGGAUAGUUACCUGUACUCAGCCUACACCCCCUACUCCUAUCGCUACCAGCCGCCCAAGGGCAAAGGGCCUCCGGGCGCCUGGCGGCAGCGGGGCACCUACUUCUCGAGCUAUGGGGACACAGCGGCGGCAGCCGCGGCCGAGUACUUCGAUAACUACCAGCGGGCGCAGCUGAAGGCGAUCCUGUCCCAGGUGAACCCCAGCCUGACGCCGCGGCUCCGCAAGGCCAACACCAAGGAGGUAGGGGUGCAGGUGAACCCGCGGCAGGACGCCUCGGUGCAGUGCUCGCUGGGGCCCCGCACCCUGCUUCUGCGGCGGCGGCCGGCCCCUGGGCUGCCCUCGCUGCGGCCCCGCGAGCAGGAGCAGGGCAGCCCCGCCACCACCAGCGGCCGGCCCGUGCGCUUCCCCAGGACCAUCGCCGUGUACUCGCCCAUGGCGUCCCGCAGACUCACCACCUUCCUGGAGAGCCCGAGCCCCGAGGACCCGGGGCAGGAGGCGGCCGAGGAGGAGCCGGAGGAGGCGGCCGCCGAGGAAGAGGAGCAGCAGAGCACUGAGGCGGCUGCCGUGCGGGCCAGCUGGGAGCAGCCCCCGGGGAGCAGCGCGGAGCCGCAGGAGCCGCGGCCGCCCCAGCAGCAGGAGGUGGCGGAGGAGGAGGCAGCUGCCCCGCGGCAGGAAGGCCCGGUGGAGGCCCCCGAGCCCCAGGCGGGGCAGCCCCAGGUCGCAGCCCCUCAGGAGCCGGGACAGGGCAAGACCCGCCUGCGCUUCCAGUUUCUGGAGCAGAAGUACGGCUACUACCACUGCAAGGACUGCAACAUCCGUUGGGAGAGCGCCUAUGUGUGGUGUGUGCAGGGCACCAACAAGGUCUACUUCAGGCAGUUCUGCCGGACAUGUCAGAAAUCCUAUAACCCUUACCGCGUGGAGGACAUCACCUGCCAGAGCUGUAAGCAGACCAGAUGCACCUGCCCUGUGAAAGUGCGCCAUGUGGACCCCAAGAGACCCCAUCGUCAAGAUCUCUGUGGUAGAUGCAAAGGCAAACGUCUUUCCUGUGAUAGUACAUUUAGUUUCAAAUAUAUUAUUUGACUGGGAUACUUCUUGUUUAAAGGAUCCUAGUGUAAAAUUGCAAUCAAAGCAGUUUUUUUCUUUUGAAAGAAUAUAUAAUAUGGUGGGGUAUGGCUGGGCAAACCUACAAAUAAAGGUAUGGCGAAGCACUGUUAUAACAGAUAAGGCAUGCUCAUGUCUACCUUCUUUGAGUAUGGAAGUUGCAACACUUACAUUAGGAAUGGGGGAGAAGGCUGUCAUACAAGGAAGAGUGUGCCUGUGGCUGACUUAUUGUUAUGGUGACCACAUCUAGCAGUUUCUGCUUCUGGAAGAGGCAGACAUGCUUUCCUAGUGACCUCCCUAUGCUUCAGGGAGACCUCUCUGGGGAGUGACUUAGGCAGCUGAGUCUCAAACAGAUUACUGGUGUAAACUACCUCUAUUGCUCUAUGUAAAGCAUCCAUCUCAUUUAACACAAGAAUGAAAAUCCAAUGGCAUCCUUCCACAAUACAGGCAAAUAUUAAUGUAGGAUUGCAAUUUAACUAAAUGUCCUACAGUCACUUACCAGUGUAGGAGUACAUAAACAUACACAACUUUCUUCUAUCAAUCACUUUAACAUCUGAAAGUUAGCAAUUCUUGACUAGGCAGAGGGCUAGUCCGAUUGUGAAACAAAAUGUGUAUAAUCCUAGGCUUGAGCUGAAGACAAGUAGCUAGUUCAGUUGUAGAAAUGGCUAUCACUAAUCUGAAUACUUCCAGGGGCUGUUGUAGCACUACCUUUAAUGCAACCCCUUAAUCUAAAAGGGGUAUGUCCUCCAGGUGUGCAUAGCUGUAAAGGAGAGAGGAUAAAAUGAAACAGCUGUUCUUAAUAGACUAAAGAUUUUCAGUGUCUGUUUUUAAUGUUUUGAUCAAUUUGUAAUUGAUACAGAUCAUUGUGGCUAUCAAUAACUAUCAUGGCUGCAUUUUUCACUUAUGGAGCCUACUGUGAAAUAGCUUACUUUAUUAGCUAAUCUGAUAGUGACUGUUAAUUUUCUCUACCUGUAUAUUUUUCAAACUGUAGACAAAAUCUUCUGUUUCCAAGAGUCAGUAAUGUAUAAUUUUUUUCUGUGAAACUCUCCUUUAAAGAUAACACAUUGCUAAUAACCAGCUUUCUUUUUGACUUGAUACACCCCAACAUUUAUUUAUUGACUGCAACACUAUUACCAUGAGGAAGGGUGGUAUUAUGUAGCAAUUUCAGAAGGAAGUUGUUAUAAAAGGAAACUGUUGCAUAAUUUUAAACAUCUUCCUUACUGACCCACAGCCACUAUCCUAAGAUGGAAAACACAAGAUAGGGCUGUCUGUAACUUCUGGAGGUGCCUUUAAACUCUGCCUGUACCUAGCACAUAUCCACAGUGCUUGGCUUCUGCCUGCUUGCAUGUGAUCCUCCCUUUCUCUAACUGAAGAAAGUCCUUAAGGUAUAUGAGAGGAUUUGUGGCACAGACAUGAACUGGAACCACAGUAUGAGUAAGCAGAACCAGGGAAUUGCUGUCUCCCAAUCCCACAAUAGCACAGUACUGGCCUGAAGUCACUGCUGCUGUAAGCUAUGUGGACCCUCUGUAGGAAGCAGCACUUAUUGGGAAAGGUACUCCUUUAUUAGUAGUAAACAUCAAUUUCUUAUCAAAUGUUGCAUCCUACUUAAAAGACUACUCUCUAUAAUUACCUCUAAUUAGUUUGAUGUAUGGAAUGUAGCUUAUAAGCAACUGGAUGAAAACUAUAGUGUUUUCUCCACUGCCCCCUUCCACUGUUCAUCAAGCUUGGGGUCAGAUUCCUAGGCAACAGUGCUACUGUAUACUGAAGACUUUCUUAUAUAUUAAAAAAAC